AGUCGCAAUUUUCCAAUUUAAGAUCGAAGAAAGGGAAAGCAGCACAUCUUCUACUCCACGACCCAAUCCCUCCAAACACGGCUACAAGAUUCUUCAUACGCCUCUUCUUCUUCAACCCAAGUGUCAAAUACGUUCCUGUUCGUCUUCAUACGCGGGAACCAACUGCAUAAAUAUUGGUUUUUGUUCUAGAUUUGGGUUUAAUUCCAUUCGGGUGCUCGUCUAUUUUGAAUCUCUCAACUGAAAUCGAGUGUUCUCUUGUGGGUUUUAGAAGAAAUUUUCGUUCUGAAUUUUCUCGUUGGAGUAUGACGGUCGGGGAGCGGCGGAACGGUAGGGAUAUCAUUUACGAUGCCGUUUCUGGUGCCUCUGCAGGUGCUAUAGCUGCCACUCUCAUGAGCCCAUUGGAUGUGAUCAAGACCAGACUGCAAGUUUAUGGCCUACCCGAUGUGCCCAGGAAUAAAGGCAGUGUGAUCGUCACAAGCUUUCAAAGCAUUAUAAGAAAUGAGGGAUUGAAGGGACUAUAUCGGGGCCUUUCACCAACGUUGGCUGCACUUCUUCCGAAUUGGGCUGUCUAUUUCGCCGUUUAUGGGCAGCUCAAAGAGCUUCUUGAUUCACAUGGAGAUGGCCAUGGCCAUCUUUCUUUUGGGGCAAACAUGAUAGCUGCUUCCGGUGCUGGAGCAGCCACGGCUAUCACAACGAAUCCGUUGUGGGUUGUCAAGACAAGACUCCAAACACAAGGGAUGAGAGUCGGUGUGGUUCCUUAUACAAGCAUAUCUUCUGCCUUAAGGCGUAUUGUUCAUGAGGAAGGCUUUCGAGGGUUGUACAGCGGCCUCCUACCGUCUCUAGCUGGGAUCAGUCAUGUUGCUAUCCAAUUCCCGGCCUAUGAGAAGAUCAAAUUGUACUUGGCACAAAGGGAUCAUACAACUACUAACGAUCUAAGCCCCGGGAAGCUCGCGAUUGCCUCCUCAAUGUCCAAAAUAGUCGCUUCCUUGAUGACGUACCCACACGAGGUGAUUCGUUCAAGACUCCAAGAACAAGGGCAAGUAAGGAAUCCGGAAACACAUUAUGCAGGUGUCGUUGAUUGUGUAAAGAAAGUUUUCCAGAAAGAAGGGGUGGCGGGUUUCUAUAGAGGGUGUGCGACUAAUCUGUUGAGAACAACUCCAUCGGCUGUCAUUACAUUUACGAGUUACGAGAUGAUUAAUAGAUUCUUACAGCAUGUUGUACCGCCUCACAAGACCCCAUCGAAACCAGAAUCCCGCCAUCUGCAAGGCGAUGGUGGAAAGAUGAAACCAUCUACGGAGAAUGAUGUCGGUGAUUUACGGACAUCGAAAAUGAGAUCUAACCGUAGUACAAGAACUCUUGGGGAAUCAUAGACAAUGAUUCUUAUUAAAGAAAUCAUCAAUGGAAGAAAAUUGAUGAUAGAUGAUGACGAUGAAUGAUUUUAGGUGGCACCAUUUUCUUAUCAUAUUUUUGUUUUUUUCUUAAAUAAAAGAUCGAAACUUUAUAUGUUUUUUUUGGUUAUUGGAUUUUUUUUAUUAACCUGGAUAUUCGACCCGUUAUGGUUGGGGUAGGGAGUUUGAGUCUUAGUUGUUACUUUUUUCAGAGGAGAAAUGACAGAUUGAAGAGUAUUGUACAAACAUUGUAGCAUGGUGUACAAGCUAAUACAGUAUGGUUAUUCUGGAUUGG